UAGAUUUUGUUUAUUAGAAAGACAUUUUGUAACACGACUAAUGUCUGCGUAUUUUGUCAUGUUUGUUAUUUUAUACAAUGUGGAUAAACUGACUUUUUCUCAUAUUUAUGUGAACAACUCGGAUUUUUUGUAUUCAAUUGAAAAAGCAGACUUGCAAUUGGCGAGGUUUGAAUGUAUUUGACUUCGUCACAUGACAGCUCGCAUAUCUGUCAAGUUAGAAACGUAAACAAACACGGACAACCACCCGUAAAGAUUGUGUGCAGAAUAAUCGUGAAAUUUUAUGUGAAAACUCGGGAAAAGGAAAAACAUCAAUUCAUCCCGAAAUUUGGCAACAUUCGUCCGAGUAUGAUCGAGCAGCUGUGUGUGUGUAUGCCGACGAAAUACGACGCCGUUUCUACAACAAUCACUAAAGCCGGCUGUGAUCGUGAUCGGCACAUUCUCAACUGGACCAACACACCGGUCGUUGUGUAUCUUCAAGCAAACCAACGUUGCCAUACACCACAAAAUAGCAUGGAAAGGACAUUGGAUCACCGCAUCGACAAGUGGUUUUUAUGUGCAAGUGUUGUUAAGAAGUGUGUUGUACGGUGUAUUAUGUGUUUUACUUUAUUUGUAUCGCUUUGCAAGUGGUACAAUUAGUGCGUUUAAUCGUUGUGCUACUGCUAACGAAAAACAGACCCGAGCAUUAGAAGCGGCAACAAUACAUGUGCCUGACGCAGAGACAACAACGCCGUCGGCAUCCGUUGAUACCAUCCAAAGUGAUGGUUGAAAUCGUAUUUAAACGUGUAAAACCAUGUAUUGGGGCAUGUAAGUAUUGAA